UCUGGCAGCCUACCUUCUCCUCUCACUUCCGAUCUUGAUUUUCCCCAAAACCCCAUCAAAAACCCUAAUCCUCAGAAACCCCAACGGGGCAAAAGAAAAAAUGCAUAAAAUUCUAUACCAUUUCACCUCUAAAUGAUGAAACGAGUGUUGAGAGUUUCCGAAUUCCGGAGAUACCAAACAAUUACCGUUUCCUCCCUCAAUUCCCUUAGUACAAUCACAAAGCCCUCAGUCCCAAAUCAAUUUAUUCGAGAGCAUGUAACUCAAACGCCUCAUAGCAAUGGAAGUCAGACGGUGUUGCCUGAUAUUAUAUCCCUAUUCUCAGAUAAAUGGAGUUAUAAUACUGCCGAGACGAUAUCCAAAGAAAUUCUGAGAGAAAAAGUUGCCAAGUUGAAAGACGAGGUUGUGGAACAAAAAGAUGAUGUGGAGAAACUGGAGAAAGCUUUAGAUGAAAAGGGUGUCUCUCUGUUUAGGAGGUAUCCCGAUGGAUCUGCAGUAGUCGAGCUCUUGACGCAGCUAAAGCCUUUUCCCUAUUUAGCUAUGGAGAUUCUCAACUGGAGGAGGAAACAACUGGACUAUGCUGCACCGAUGACAGUGGAGGAGUAUGCAAAGGGAAUUGCUAUUGCUGGUAGAUUGAAGAAUGUUGAUCUUGCAGUUGAGCUUUUUAAAGAGGCUUCCAACAAACAAUUAAAGGCAACAUCUUUAUUUAAUGCACUGAUGAGUGUUUACACGUAUAAUGGUUUAGUUAUGCGGUGUCAGUCCUUGUUUCACGAUCUAAAGAUGGAAGCCAAGUGUACUCCAUCAAUCAUAACGUACAACAUACUUAUUUCAGCAUUUGGUCGUCUGAUGCUUGUAGAUCACAUGGAAGCAACUCUUAGGGAGAUAAAGGAGUUAAACCUUACUCCGACUAUCCAUACGUACAAAGGUUUAAUUGCUGGUUAUAUUACAGCAUGGAUGUGGGAAGAAAUGGAAAAGACUUACCGAAUAAUGAAAGCAGGCCCGAUCAAACCUGAUAUAGAUAUCCAUCUGCUAAUGCUUCGAGGAUAUGCCCACUCUGGUAAGCUGGAAAAGAUGGAAGAAAUAUAUGAGAUGGUAAGGGAUCAUGUUGAUCAUAAAGAAACUCCACUGAUUAGAGCCAUGAUAUGUGCAUACUGUAGGAGUUCUCAUGUUGCUAGGGUUGAAAAGGUCGAGAAACUGCUCAGACUGAUUCCUGAACACGAGUAUAGGCCUUGGUUGAAUGUUCUCUUGAUUUGUUUAUAUGCAACAGAGGAUUUGUUGGAGCAAAUGGAAAAUUCAAUUAAUGAGGCAUUUGAGCAUAAAGCCUAUGUCACAACUGUCGGCGUAAUGAAAUGCAUCAUCUCAAGUUAUUUCAGGCACAAUGCAGUGGACAAGCUUGCUGACUUUGUGCAGCGGGCAGAACAUGCAGGUUGGAAAGUGUGCCGAUCUCUUUACCAUUGCAAAAUGGUUAUGUACGCAUCACAGAUGCGCAUUUCUGAAAUGGAGAGGGUUCUUGAUGAAAUGGAUAGAGUAAAUAUGCACUUGUCGAAGAAAACAUUUUGGAUUUUGUACCAUGCAUAUCAAAGGUGGGGUCCACGAAAUAAGCUGGAGCAGGUUGUUGGAAUGAUGUGCAAACAUGGAUAUAAAGUACCUUUGGAUGCAUGCAAUUCAUUGUAAUACUUCCUUGAAUCGCAAAAGUCUGUUGGAAUUCCUGAGCAAGAACGAAACUGAUAAUAGUCCAAGGGUUGCUAUGAAAGAUGAAUUACAAGUUCCAUCAAAUUCAAAGAGCUUCCAUACAUUUCUUGGACGUUGCUAAGAUCCUCCCGCCUGAGGAGGACGUCAACUCCCAAUUAACCGAAGCCAUCCUUCACAUCAGUUUCGAAUCUCAUUAUACUGUGUUGCCUGGUGUUGUAUAAUAAAUAAGAGUGAUACAUGAUGAUCAUCUUCAAUUUGCAAGUAGAAAGACAUUUCCAGAUUGAUUCUUGUGAUCAUUCAUAUCUGAGAUUACCCCUUAUUGCCUCAAUCUUUUUCACCAGAAACCACACUGCUCAUUGUGUUUAAUGUACUAUAACUUCUCCACACUUUGUCAUAUUAGAGCCUCUUUACACCUCAAAAUUUCAAUGAAUUUGCAUUUUUGACU